CGAAGACAGCGGCAGCACACGGGCCUGACUGGUUUACACAGAAGCAAGUGAUAAUGCCUCCUCCGUGCAUGUGCUCUCACAAUUUCAUUCCUUGAAACUCAUCAAUUCAGAAAAGGACGACUGAUUUUCUAUACUGACAUCUGGUGAUAAUGACGAAAUAAACCCUCUUCUCAUCACUCAACUUUCACAAACUGUCAAAAAAACAAAACUUUUGCACAGUCAAAAAGUUCAGGAAGUGACUUUUUCCCCAGACGCCGGCCCAGCCUGAAACUCAAAAGACGUUCCACCCCUCGCCCCUUGUUUGCUUUAUCAAAUGCCCAAAAACAGCAAGGCCGUCAAGAGAGAGCUUGACGACGAUGUCACAGAGUCCGUCAAAGACCUGCUUUCCAACGAGGACGGCCGUGACGACACCUUCAAGAAGACCUCGCUGAUCAUCAACAACCAUGAAGUGGAAGGGAAGGAGUGCGACGUGGAGGAAGGGGGCUCGGACGGAGAGGAGGAGGAGCGCCCGGCCUGGAACAGCAAGCUGCAGUACAUCCUGGCCCAGGUGGGCUUCUCCGUAGGCCUGGGCAACGUCUGGAGGUUCCCCUACCUGUGCCAGAAGAACGGAGGGGGAGCGUACCUGGUGCCGUACCUGAUCCUGCUGAUCCUGAUCGGCAUCCCGCUGUUCUUCCUGGAGCUGGCUGUGGGGCAGCGGAUCCGCAGGGGCAGCAUCGGGGUCUGGAACUACAUCAGCCCUCGACUGGGGGGCAUCGGCUUCGCCAGCUGUGUGGUGUGCUUCUUCGUGGCUCUCUACUACAACGUCAUCAUCAGCUGGAGUCUCUUCUACUUCUCCCAGUCCUUCCAGCAGCCGCUGCCGUGGCACGAGUGUCCGCUGGUCAAGAACAAGACGCUCACAUAUGUGGUGCCAGAAUGUGAAAAGAGCUCGGCCACCACGUACUAUUGGUACCGCGAGGCCCUGAACAUUUCCGACAACAUCUCUGAGGGCGGAGGACUGAACUGGAGGAUGACUCUGUGCCUGCUGGCUGCCUGGUCUAUGGUCUGUCUCGCCAUGAUAAAGGGAAUCCAGUCUUCUGGGAAGGUGAUGUACUUCAGCUCCUUGUUCCCGUACGUCGUGCUGAUCUGCUUCCUGGUUCGGGCUCUGCUUCUGAAGGGCUCCAUAGACGGGAUUCGACACAUGUUCACACCAAAGUUGGAGAUCAUGUUGGAGCCCAAGGUGUGGCGCGAGGCGGCCACGCAGGUCUUCUUCGCUCUGGGCCUCGGCUUCGGCGGCGUCAUCGCCUUCUCCAGCUACAACAAGCGGGACAACAACUGCCACUUUGACGCCGUCUUGGUGUCUUUUAUCAACUUCUUCACCUCCGUGCUUGCCACCCUGGUGGUUUUUGCCGUUCUGGGCUUUAAAGCCAACAUAAUGAACAGCAAAUGCAUCGCCCUAAACAGCCAAAGGAUUGUGUCGUUGUUGGGGAACAGGAUUGAACAAAGCCUGAUCCCUCACCACAUCAACCUGACUCAGGGCAGCGAGGUCAGCUCUGAGGACUACGAUCAGAUGAUUGACAUCAUCAAGAAGGUGAAGGAGAACCAGUUCGACUCGCUGGGUCUGGACGCCUGCAGCAUCGAGGGCGAGCUCAAUAAGGCGGUCCAAGGAACAGGUUUGGCCUUCAUCGCCUUCACUGAGGCCAUGACACAUUUCCCCGCCUCGCCCUUCUGGUCCGUCAUGUUCUUCCUGAUGCUGGUGAACCUCGGGCUGGGCAGCAUGUUCGGCACCAUCGAGGGCAUCCUCACCCCGCUGAUAGACACCUUCAAAGUCCGCAAGGAAUUUCUUACAGUGGGCUGCUGCGCGCUGGCCUUCUCCAUCGGCCUCCUGUUUGUUCAGCGCUCAGGGAACUACUUUGUGGCGAUGUUCGACGACUACUCCGCCACUCUUCCUCUGCUCAUCGUCGUGGUGCUGGAGAACGUGGCCGUCGCCUGGGUCUACGGGAUCGAUAAAUUCUUUGAAGACCUGAAGGAGAUGCUGGGCUUCACGCCGUACCGCUUCUACUACUACAUGUGGAAGUACAUCACGCCCAUCCUGCUGCUGGUGCUCCUGGGCACCAGCUUCAUCCAGCUGGCCAUGAAGCCGCCCGUCUACAGCGCCUGGAUCCAGGAAGAGGCCAAAGAGCAGGAGCUGUUCUUCCCUCCAUGGGGCGUCGUGGUGUGCAUCUCCCUGGUGGUGAUGGCCAUCAUGCCGGUGCCCGUGGUCUUCGCCCUGCGCUACUUCAACAUCAUCGACGACAGCAGCGGGGGCAUCUCCACCGUCGCUUACAAGAAGGGCCGCAUUAUCAAGGAGACGGCCCGGCCGGGGGAGGACGACGACACCAGCCUGAUCCAGGGCAAGUCUCCCAGCGAGGCGCCCUCGCCGAUGCCCGGCAACAACAUCUAUCGCAAGCAGAGCGGCGGCGGCGGGAACGGACCCGAGGCGGACACCGCGCCCAAUGGCCGCUACGGUAUUGGUUACUUGAUGGCCGACAUGCCGGACAUGCCCGAGUCAGACUUAUAGACUGACUGUAGUAACCCCCGCCCUCUCCACCCCUCUGCGUGCGUUUAGUUGGCCGUAUCAUAAAUGUAUAUUUCGCUUGUAAUGUAUAUUCUUUGUAGAUAUCGUAGCCCCUCUCUUAUUUGUCGUCUCUGAACCUUAUAUGACUGUGCACCUUAAAAAAAUUAAUUAAAAAGGUGUGGGGAUAAGGCCGCGUUCCAAACCGACCCAUACACCCUCCCCCUACCGACUCUCACGUGGAGAGUCCGCCAUAUUAAAGGUCUCCUAUUAUGCUCUUUUAUGGCAUACAUUAUAGGUCUGAAAUAUAUAUAAAAAAACCAUCUCUCUGACGUGUUUUGCUCAAAAUACCAAACAGAUCAUUGAUUUUAGCAUGUCCGCUAUCUCUGUUUCAGUCCCGUUUUCGAAAGUGCUGAUUCUGUGACUGUCGCUUUAAAUUUGAGCUGAGCUGAAACUGGCCACGCCCCUUUGGAGCUGAAACUGGCCACGCCCCUUUGGAGCAUCACGAUCUCUCUGUCUGAAGAGAGAAGUUUCUAACGGAGAAACUCAGCUAAACGCUGCCGUGAUUAAACGCCAUAUAAUGUUCCAAACCACAUCAAGCAUUAUUUCUGAAACACUUCUCAGUGUUUACCACUAGAACAUUAUAUGUAUUAUACAACAACUCAAAGUCCCUCCUGCAGACAUCCUGCUGAAUACACAGACACACAGAGGUGCUGUGGAGGGGAUUCAGCUCGCUGUAUAUUGCAGACGAUAGGUUGGGACGCGUCACAUGGGCGGGACGUUGCCAGGCGUUCAAUGUAAAGCCAGCCCACAUUUCCGAUAUGAUGUCAUAACCGAAGCAAAUCUGAAUCAGCUCGUGUGUACCCCCGUUUUUAGAGAUGUGGGUAAGGAGGAAAAGAGAGAAGGUUGUAUUUUCUGACACUUUCUGAGUCUCCUUACACACCGGGGACACAAAAAGUGCAUUUUGCAUAAUAGGGGACCUUUAAGUGCGAUUACCAACCGAUUGGUUAAAAUAAUUCCUCGCUGUUAAUGAAAAUAUGUAAUAUGGAUGUUAACAACUUUAAGGUUGGUAAUCUUUUUACCUUCAGAUCACUGUGACUAGUCUACAAAACAGUUGACUUGGUUGUAAGGUUUUGUAUAUUUGAGGACUGUUGCAACGAAGCUUUAUGAUAAUAAUUAUGCGAGGGUUAAUGCGCAGCGAGCCAGUGAUAACUCAAUAAAACAAUACCGACAGGAUGAGCAGGAUCCCUGACGGUGUGCAUCUUUUAAACAGCGACUUACUAAAUAAACCGACUUCAUGAUUAAUGAGUUAAAGGAUUUAAAAUGUCGUAUUGCUUCAUCUAAGAAAAAAAUAGUCUGUUAAACUGCGUAGCAACGCCUGAACUGCGGUGCCAUCAUGCAAAGUUAGGCAUUUCCUGCUUUUGUUGGAAAGAGGCAAGCUUGUCGCUGUAUUUAAACCCUCCACCCAAAAAGAAGGAGCCUAAUUGAGCUGUGAGUGUGACUCUUUCACGGAGGGGUCGGUGUACGGGCCGGUUUGGAAUAGGGCCUCAAUGUCCUCCUUGUCUGCCCUAUUUGGCUGCAUCCCAAACUCAUCUCUGCGUCCUGAUCGCUCCACAUUUGCUCCCUCCUCUUGCAUAAGGGCAGAACAUGUGUAAGCAAUAAGGUGGAGGCUCCACCAGGCCUACUUGAGAACAAGAAUCUGCAAAGAGGAGCGGGUUCAGGGGGUCGAGAGGUCAUGUUGGGACUGCACCUGUGUCUGUGGGCAGUGUAAAUCUAACCUGCUUUAUGUCCUACUGUAAAAAAAAAAAAAGUGGUUGUGUAUAUUAUGAUCCAUAACUGCUAGCCAACCGGUCUUGAGAGGAGUAGCAGUCGAACGAUGCAAGACGUUUCCUGGUGAGGUCAUCUCAGAUCGACCUCUGAAACCACUCCCAUGAUUGUCUGAGACAGAAGUGUGCCUAAGUAGUUUAUGUUUAUAGAAUACAUGAUGGCUGUUGUAUAUUUAAGGUAUUCUGUAAAUAUAAUAUAAAUAUUAUAAAUAUAUUUAUCUUGAUAGUUUGGAUAUCAACACCGUGUUUUUAAGGUUCAGAAGUACUUCAAAUCCUUAACUCUCUUUGUGUCUUUGUUUUUUACUAAUGUGCUGUCCAUGUUUGUGAGGACCGAGUUCUCCGUGUAAAUAACUUUUCCAUGAAAUGGCUUCAAAUGCAAUGUCUUUUUUUCCCCGUCAAAAUUAAAGAUCAAAUAUGGUCCAUAAAAGGAAACUAA